CUCAGACAGUCGCAACUCGUCGCUCGUCAGCUGCAGUUAGCGCGAGCUUUGAAAAGUUAGAUAGACAUUAUUAGACAUUGGAUGGACAUUCUAACCCUCCAGACAGGCAAGAGCGCAAGACUCAAGUCAGUGAACAAGUUCUUUUUAAUUUCAAGAUAAAUCUGAUGAGUGGAUUAUAUCAUCGACCUUACUACAUCAAUUGCUUCAAAAAAUGAAGUUUCGUGGCAAAAUUAUCGAAAUUGGCUGUAUUCGACAAUUUACACAGCUCAUCACUGAUGUCUCAAGACUGGCCAAGUCUUGCAUCCUGAGGCUGAACAGCAACCACGUCUGCCUUGUUGUGAGUGAUGGCGGUGCUCUAGGAGGCACUCCUGGGCUCUGGGCAGAACUGGAACAGCAACAUUAUUUCUCUGAAUAUUCUAUGGAAGGAGUUUCUGAAGAGAACCAAAUAUUCCUUGAGUUGCAGACAGAUAAACUGGCCAAGACACUAAGCUCCCUGCGGUCAUCCCAGUCUACUCGAAGCCUUAAGAUAAAACUGACAAAGAAAUUGUCUCCCUGUCUCACAUUUGAGAUAGAACUUCCAUCUGCGUCUGGGAGGUCACGCUUGGUGCUGCAUGAUGUGCCGGUAUCACUGAUACCGCGACGUCUGUGGGCAGCCCACCAGGAGCCGCGCAUGAGUCACCAGUUCGAUGUGUCUAUAUACCUGCCGCCCAUCAAGACACUCAGACACGUCGUGGAUCGCAUGAAAGUGUGUCACAUUCGUGCGAAUCUUGCAAAUUUUCCCCCAAAAACAUUCUCGUCCCGUGCGACGUUGUCAGGCAGCAGGAGCGGAACGCUGGUCGUGUCCGUCUCGAACUCCGAGGUCGCCGCAUCCACGCACUUCAGGAACCUCACUGUGCCAGCCUGGGAUGCUGACCGGAAUGAUGACCCUGAGACCGCUUACGGCACAUCCGUUGACAUCAAGAAGCUGUCAUCCUUCCUGCAGGGUGACCACAACACCGCCAAAGUUAUUUGCAACAUUGUGUCGGGACGGCUGGUGCAUCUGUUCCUCAUGCAGGAGGGCAUCACGCUGCAGUACUUCCUACCCGCCGUCUCUGCACCUUGACUGUCAUCUGCCCCGUUAUGUGUGCCCGAGUCCUAAUAUUAAAGUUAGGGCCCCAUGACACUACAAAAAUUAGGUUCAAGAACAAAACACGUAAACUUCUUGCGACUACACAUUUUGAAUAAAAUUGCCUCUGACAGCCCGAGCGGGAGUUUACUCGAUGAAAUUUGCUUUAUGGAACGUUUAGCUCACUUUAGUUAUCCAAAUAUGAUUCAUGCUUGUUGACUUAAGCAUCUGGAAGCAUCUGACUUCGAGUUGCGAUGGUAUUUUGUACCCUCGAGUCGGCAUGACCACCGCAUGCCGAGUCUUGCCCACGAUUGUCCACUUAUUGAUUUCUUCCUUCUCUGUAAAAUUUUUUCUUGCCUUUUUUCGUCCUUGUUUAUUUUACUGUAAAAUUUUCGAUGUUUAUUUAUGGAUAUUAUCUUCAUAGAAUAUGCUAAAAAUGGAUUGUUAACGAGAUUAUAUGUAAUUUCUUAUGGCUUAGCAAAAGAGUAUUUUUUAAAGAAAUGUUUUUAAUCCUUUUACUUGAUAUAAGAAACAUUAGUUUAGGUUGUGCAAUUUCGGGAUGUAUCAUGCACAAUAUUCUAUCAAUCGCUGAUGCUAUUUAUAUCUGUUAAGUUUUAUAAAGUCGUUGGAAUAAGGGAAUUGAAAGUCGAUAAGUACUUAGCAGUCUAUUAUGGCCAACUGUAAGACAUUAGAUGCACUCAUAUGCGAGAUUCUGAAGGCAGCCAAACAGCGUGUACGUUUCUAGCAGUUCUCAGUCAACAUGCUAAUUCUUUGAUAAAAUCCUUGGCGACAUUACUCAGCAAUGCCGUUAUCUAUAACUGAUCCCUUGUACAAGGCCUGUUCGUUUGUAUUUUGUGGUGUGCUUAGAAAAUAUCUAUUUUACCAAUUCUUGCAGUAAUGCACCAGUUAUUCUUGUAAAGCAAGCGUUAACUUAAAUUCACAUUCAUGGAUUUCAAUGAUAUUUUUGCCAAGAUCUAGAGCUACAGAGAGCACAUUUUACAACAAGCGAAACAAUUUAACUUCGCAAACGAGCUGCGCAUUGACAUUAGUUAUGAGUCGCGGCAAAGGACUUUCACGUAAGUGUACUGACUUUCAUACAAGUACUCUAAGCACAAAGCCUUAUUGAAUCGCCUUGUACCAUAUAGCACACAUAAUAUAAAUAUAUUUAGCAACGUUAGUAAAAUUAUUAAAAUAUAUAGUACAUCUUUUCGCGCGCAAUUGAAAGGAACCAUCUUGGGGUUUCGGUCGUCCGACUGGCUGCGUCUUAUUUUUUUCCUUAUUCACUAAGGUUAAACACAAUAUUAAGAUUGAGAGCAAUCCAACAAAGCCUGGUUCACGCAGAGAUUUGUAGUUGAAUUUGGUGGCGGCUUACAGUGAGCGUUCAAUUAAGAAGACAUUCGUGUUCACGUCAACACAUCUCAAGUCGUCCACGAAACCUGUCGAAUUUUAGUUUUUCCCAACAGUAAUGACAAAAAUAUGUAUUAAUUUUUAGAAACGUUAAAGGAAGUAAAUACUUGAAUCGAUUUUCUGAGUGAACCCUGCCUAUUAUUCUUAGUUUCUCUAGAGUUAGUGACAUGACUUCCAUAAGAAGCUUUGCAACGUUUAAAAAAAACUACAGAACAUCAAAGCAAGCAAAAAUUAAACAACCCGACGUAAAACUUAGCUCUUCUCUUAGGAAGGCUGAGACACGGUAAGUCAUAUGGAGCACGAACCACGCACAGGUUAUAGCGUGGUCAGUGCGUGUAUUCGUGAUGCAUCUUUCCAGGAUGCCUGACAUGAUUAAUUACUCAGUACUGUAAUUUGCGUAAUAUUGUAAGCGUUCAUCAACUUGGCAUUGUGUUAAUAGCGCAUAUGUUGCACUCAAUUAAGAACAAACGCUCUGAACUAUACGAUUUUGAUUGAAGUUCUACUACAAGCUAGGCACGCAGAACAAAGUCGAUGUUUAUAAUUUAGGGAAGUAGUCGAGAUUGAGACGACGGUAAUUUCGACCGCUCAGCGUGUUCUUUGCUGGUAACUGCACGGUCAGUUCUGU